AUGGUCUAUACAAUUCAAAUGCCCGAUCCGGCACCCGCCCCCAGUGGGCAUCACAUUAAACUGGGUUGGAUUGUCGGUGUAAUGGUACCAUGUCUGCUGAAUAUCUGGGGUGUUAUGCUGUUCUUGCGUCUCAGUUGGGUUGUGUCCCAAUCGGGUAUUUGGCAAACCUUGGUGAUUAUUGGCAUAUCGGCCACCGUGUGUGUGAUUACAACGUUGUCCCUUUCGGCGAUCAGUACAAAUGGUGAGGUGAAGGGCGGCGGUGUCUAUUUCAUUAUAUCACGUUCCUUGGGUCCGGAGUUUGGUGCUUCCGUUGGUGUGGUCUUUGCCUUUGCCAAUGCGGUGGCGGCAGCCAUGAAUACGAUUGGUUUUUGUAGUUCCCUCAAUGAUUUGCUGAAGGAAAGUGGUUUGAAAAUCAUCGACAACGAUAUCAAUGAUAUCCGUAUCGUUGGUGUUGUUACUAUUUUGGUCUUGAUCGUCAUUUGUUGUGUGGGUAUGGAAUGGGAGACGAAAGCCCAAAAUUUCCUUUUGGUUACCAUUGUUUUGGCCAUAUUCGAUUUCUUGAUUGGUGCCGCAAUUGGUCCGGGUGAUGAUAAAGAGAGCAUUGCCAAGGGUUUUGUGGGCUUUUCAUGGGACACCUUCAAGGAGAAUUUCAAUUCGGAUUACCGUUUCUCGGAGAAGGUUGAUCAGAAUUUCUUCAGCGUCUUUGCCAUUUUCUUCCCCAGUGUAACGGGUAUCCAGGCGGGUGCAAAUAUUUGUGGUGACUUAAAGGAACCGGGAGCAGCCAUUCCCAAGGGUACCUUGUGGGCUUUGUUGAUUUCCAUGAUUUCGUAUGCCGUUUUUGUGUUGUUUGCCGGUGGAGCAGCUGUGCGUGAUGCCUCCGGAAAUGUUAGCGAUUUGAUUAAUGGUACCCUUAUCACUUCGGAAUUGAGCUGUGCUGCCGAUCAUAGUUGUGAAUAUGGUCUGGCGAAUUCAUAUUCCGUGAUGCAGUUGAUGUCGCUGUGGGGUCCCUUGAUUUAUGCCGGCUGCUUCGCGGCCACCUUGAGUACGGCCCUGACGAAUCUGUUGUCGGUGCCACGUCUGGUCCAGGCUUUGGGUAUUGACAAAAUCUAUCCCGGUUUGAUUUUCUUCUCCAAACCCUAUGGCAAACAUGGCGAACCCUAUCGUGGUUAUGUUUUGACAUUCCUCAUUUCCGCUGCCUUUGUCCUGAUUGGUGAACUGAAUGUUAUCGCUCCAUUGAUUUCCACCUUCUAUUUGGCAUCGUAUGCCUUGAUUAAUUUCUGUACCUUCCAUGCGGCCUUUGUUAAGCCCUUAGGUUGGAGGCCCACGUUUAAGUACUACAAUCAAUGGCUUAGCUUGAUCGGUUUUGUCAUGUGCAUUGCGAUUAUGUUUUUAAUCGAUUACAUUUCAUCGCUGAUCACGAUGAUUAUUAUUUUCGCCCUGUAUUUGGUGGUAAUGUAUCGUAAACCCGAGGCGAAUUGGGGUUCCUCAUCGCAGGCUCAACAAUAUAAGGCUGCCGUUACGGCUGUACAUCGCCUGCAAAAUGUUUCCGAUCAUGUCAAGAAUUAUUCACCACAAGUUUUGGUGCUGGCCGGAGAUCCCAAGGAUAGACCACCACUAAUCGAUUUCAGUUAUAUGUUGACGAAACAGAAUUCGCUGCUGUUUGUGGGUAAUGUUGAAACGGUAAGUUUGGGCUACAAAAAUCGCCAACGACAAAUCAAGGAGGGUCAACAAUAUUUGAGUGCCCGCAAAAUCAAGGCCUUCUACAAUAUCAUUGAUGGUUUCAAUAUGGAGGAGGGUGUCAAGGCUCUUAUGAAAUCGACUGGUUUUGGUAAACUGACUCCGAACAUUGUGCUGAUGGGCUAUAAAAGCGAUUGGAUUGAGAGCAGCAAAGAUGAAGUGGAAACCUAUUUCAAUAUUUUAAAUAUGGGAUUUUCAAUGCGUAUGGGUGUGGCCAUAUUGCGUCUACCAACUGGCAUCAAUUUCUCCGAAUUAAAUUCGGAAAUUGUUUAUAGCGGUUCGAAUGGUUUGGGUCACCUCAAUACACCAAAUGGUAAAGGUUUCAGUAAUCUGCUGAUGCCACCAGAAAAUACUGCCUCGGAGCUGUUGCAUGUUGAUUCGAAUUUAAAUUUGGCUGGCAUGGAUAGUGCCCAGUCAUCGUAUACAUUGCCACAACCUCCACCAAUGCCAAAUAUGAGCAGUAAAAAGAAAUACAAUCUGAAACAAGAUGAUAAUGUGGCCUAUAUGACCAGGAAUGGUUCGGAGGUGCCCAAACACAUUUUGGAUGCUGUGACCAUAUUUACACGUAAACAACCAAAGAGUACAAUUGAUGUAUUCUGGUUAUAUGAUGAUGGUGGUCUAACCAUGCUCUUGCCCUACAUCAUUUCCCAGCGUAGCAAUUGGUCGGGCUGCAAACUUCGUGUAUUUGCUCUGAGCAACGGCAAGGAUGAGGAAAAUGAAGAAAAGAACAUGGCCAGUCUAUUGACCAAAUUCCGUAUCAAAUACUCUCAAUUGAUAAUGCUCAAGGGCGUGACAGAUGCACCUCGUAACGACACCAUACUGAAGCAUAAAAAGCUACUCGAUACGUUUAUUACAAAUACCCAAAGUGAUCAGGCGGCUGGCUUAAGCAAUGAUGAAAUUGAAGACAUGCAAGAGAAGACAAAUCGUCAAUUGCGUAUCCACGAAAUGGUUGUGCAGCAUUCGUCGCAGGCUGCCCUCAUUGUUAUGUCACUGCCAAUGCCAAGAAAGGAGGCUAUUUCUGCACCAUUGUAUAUGUCAUGGUUGGAAAUGCUAUCGAGUGAAGUACAGUGUCCCGUACUUAUGGCCAGAGGCAAUCAAACUCCAGUAUUAACUCUCUACUCUUAA